UGUACAUUAUUAUGUGUUUUGUGAGUGAACUACAUUCGUCACCAUAGCAAUAUGAUUGACAGUAGCAUGUUAGCUUCAGUACACGCUGCUGCCAGUUGCUAAGCUAGUUUGUGAAAUAUUUUUUCUUUCUCACUAAAUGAUAAUGGCUGACGUUUUAUCAUUGAAAGAAUCAGUUCUAGUUUAUUUGGACAGAAGUGGUGGCCUUCAAAAACUUAUGAAAGACUGCAAACCAUUCAAUGAUCCCCAACACAGUGAGGCACUAUGUAGGUUCUGUAUCAGUGUGAAUCCAUCUGAUGUGAUAGAAAUGGAUCCAGUGUUGGGCGAUUGUGUUCUGCAUGAUCCUCUGAAAGCAACAGCAUUGUUUCAGUCAGUUUGCUUCCUGGCCAUAAAGACUCUUUCGCUUGUUGAAAAAAUCCACACAGAGAGUCAGGUGAACAUAAUUCUGAAGUUGACACAUCUGCCUCCCUUCCCUGAGUACACCCUGGACCUAUGUACCUUUCCUCGUGGAUAUGGUGCCAUGAGGCCUCUGUCCAUGGAGGGUCUGGUGAUCGCAAUGACAAGGGUCACAAAAUACACCCAGGGGGCCAGGUUCCUCUGCAUUAAUGAUGACUGUCCUUGCUCCACAGGAUUCCACCACAUCCGGGUCCAUGCACCCGCCAUUGAGUCAGCUACUGUGAGGAAUGACUUUUUAUGCCUGAUCUGCAGCUCCCCACUCAAAGAGGAUGUCAAGUUCAGAGUGUUGGGAGACAAACAGCUGGUGGAGCUGAUCCAUGUUAAAGCGCUUGAUAUCCUCCGUGCCCAUCAACAAAAAUCACAUAGAUUGCAGUCUGUCACCCUGUUUGUCAGAGAUGAGCUGUGUAGCCUGAUGAGAAUUGGUCGGCUCUACAGGGUGUUUGGGUGUCCUGCACAUGUGCACCAGUGGCCCAAUAUUACCUGGAGUGUAGAGGCAAAUAACAUCCAGCCGUGGCAGCAUGAAUAUCCAUCUGAGGUCAGCAAAAGCUUCCAGGAGCUGUUCAAGGCCUCAGCCUCCUCUCCCUGGAGGUUCUCUGCCAUUGUGGCUAACUGCUUUGGUUUGGACGUGGUUCCUCCAGGCCUGUACAACACCCUGAAACUGGGAUUGCUGCUCAGUUUAGUGCAGACUAGAGCAGAUGCUGAAGAUACUUUUCACAACUUGGAUCUUUUUGUCCUAACCACUGAUACACUCAUUGUAGACAGACUGAUGACGUACAGCUUGAGCUUGUCAUGCCGUGGAGUUAAGCAUAAGGUCUCGGGGGACCUGUUUGCAUGUCUGUCCCGGGAUCAACAUGGAACAGGCACCGCUAACAUCCACGCUGGCUCUGCCCUGCUGGCCACUGGUGGCAUUUGCAUGUUGGGAGAUCUCGGCUGCUAUAAAAGGGACAAGCUGGAUGCCAUUCAAAGUGUUUAUUUCUCUGUAACAAAAUAUUUUUCGAUUCUAGAGAGCCGCACACUGUCCAUGUUCAUCCCAGGAAAGAGAUAUGGUGAGGAUGUUGACCAGCAGCUGUCAUUUCCAGUCCACUGCAGCUUCUGGGCCUUGACAGACUCCACAGAUGUCUCUCCACGAUCUAGCAGGGCGGACUGUGAUAUGCUUGGAACAGCGGAAAUGGGUUCUGGGUCAGUUCAGUUGGGAGAAGCGUUUGGCUUCUUGAUCCAGUGUCAGGAUACGGUGGGACAGCAGUGUCUGCUGUCCCAGGCUGUCCACACCCUUCAUCAGGCAGUACAUCCUAGAAAACCCCUCUACCCAUCCUACAUGGAGUUUACUACUCAAGACUACAUGGAGCUUGUCGCUUAUGCACAGGGGUUACAAGUGGAGAUGAGUCCUGGAGCAGAAAAGAUGAUCCAUGGUUACUACAUGGCGAGCCGCAGGGUCCGAUCACAUCUGAAUCAGGGUGUCAAGAUGUCUGUGGCCAAUGUCAAACUGCUGAUUUCUUUGGCUGAAGCCCACUGCAGACUGUCCCUCAGAUCACAUGUACUAGAGGAGGACGCAGUGAUUGCUGUGCUCCUUUGUGAAAACGCUGUUACUCUACGACACGGUAACUUCAAAUCCAUCACUUUCAGUUAAUGAAAAUAUACGGUGCAUCCGUAAAGUAUUUACAGCGCUUCACUUUUUCAACAUUGUGUUAUGUUGCAGCCUUAUUC